GAAUUGGCAUUAGCAGCAGCAUGACAUCUGUUUGCUGAGCUGCUGCUUCUUCAGACAAUACUUAAACCAAGAUUUGGUUUGCAACGAAUGAGGCACCGUCACCAUGGAAACAGAGACAGAAAUGAUUCCCAUCUGGCAGAAUAAGCCCCAUGGAGCCGCCCGCAGCGUCGUCAGAAGGAUAGGUUCCACUCUUCCCCUAAAGCCUCCACAGAGGGCAUGUUUUCAGGAGCUGCCCGGUCUGCCCUCGCUCCGUCCGCUCGACGGCCCGUCCGUUCCGACCCUGGCUGACAUCGCUUGGAUCGUCGCAGACGAGGAGGAGACGUACGCCAGAGUCAGAAGCGACUCGCGGCCCCUGAAACACGAGUGGCGACCCACGCCGCUCCUCGUUCUGCACAGGAACUCAUCUGUGCCGAAUUUCCGGCGGGAGGGGAAGCGGAUGGAGGGUCUGAGGAAGCCGGGCGUGACGGCGCUGAACCGAACCACGGCGCUCCAGGAGGAGCUGAGCCGCCUCAGAGCACAGAUCGCCAAGAUCGUUGCCAGUGACUCAGACUCCAACCCGCUGACCCCUGAACUUCUCUCCCCCGACGACACCAGCAUGGCGUUCUCCAUGGCGCCGUUCGAGGCCGCCUCCUUCCAGCCGGCGGCCGCCGCUCCCGCUUCCUUCGUCAUCAGCGACGUCACCGAGGAGGAAGAGGAGGAGGACGACGAAGAGCCAGUGGAGGAAGAUGAGAAGGACGUGGUCUCCAUCGUGUCGGAGCUGCUGCCCGACCCGCUGCCGCCGGUUUCCAUGACAGCGUCGGCGACCUUCGACCUGGACCGGCCCAGCAUGGAGUUCAGGGAGGCGGAGGAAGACACGGUGUCGCUGUCCAAGUCGACGAGCUUCGCCGACGUCAUGGACAUCCUGAAGGACAUGAACAAGAUGAAAAUGAGCAAAGACAGGUACAGCCGCGGUUGCACGUCGCUCAGAGAGGAAGACUCCGCCACGCUGAUUUCUGAAGCUCUGAGGAAAAAGUUUGUCCUGAAGGACGAGGAUUCUGCUGCUGUGAAACGGAAGUAGCCACUUCCUGCUGCGCCAUGUAAGUCAGCGGAGAGCUGAAUUUUUUUAGGCUUUUCAAUUUUUAUUUUUAACUUUAGCCUUUACAGUUUAUUCCCAUGGAUCAGCAGCUGAUCUGAUCCCAGAACAAAAGACGGAGAAGAGAUUUAGAAUCGAGAUUCUUUUCUGGCUUUGUCCAAACUUUUAUUGUUUAUUAGAUCUAAAUGAGGCGACUUGGCUGUUGAUUUCCACCAGAAAAGAUGCAAUUUUUUAAUUUUCUUUUCCAUUUUGCAUCGUUGGGAUAAAAGUCUCUUGUGUCAAAGUGAAGAAAAUUGUUAUUUUUGAUUCCAGAAACAUUUUUAUCUCUUCAAAUUAGAAUAUGAUUGCAACGUUGAUUUAUUUCAGCUCUAAAAAGUGGAACUUGUAUAGAUUAACUAUUGCUUGAAAUAUAUUACAUCAAAUAUAUUCAUUGUUGUUUUAUACAGUGAUACAUCAAAAAUAACUCCAAUACUUCAUCCUCUCACAGAUACAUGUAAGGUGGAUUUUUUUUCUUCCACUCAACUUUCCACUGCACUUGUUUUCUUUAGCAGUUAGCUUUAGUAGCUUGUUUGAUGGAUUUCUGAUAACAGACUAAACGAUUAAAAUCUUUUUUUGCUCUGAUGUUAUAAACAAGCAGGAAUAAAUCUAAAAAAGUACAACUAUAAAGAAUGAAUCGAAUACAUAUAUAUUUCAUUUCUUUGGCAGAGGCAGUACACAUUAAUAUGUCUGUAAAUAUCUAGAAUUAGCCAAAGGGCUAUUUUUUUCACCUGUACUGCUAAAAACAAACAAUAGUUUCACAAAAUAACAUUAAAAUGACCAAACUAUACACAUUUUCUGAACAGUAAAUACCAAAUAAAGGAAAAUACAACACAAUUAUUAAAAUAAAAUAUAAGAAAUAAUUAAAACUAAACAGUUUCACUUUUUAAAACUGAUAAAUUUGCGAUUGUAUUCUAAUUUAUGGAGUUGAAUUUGUUGUUUUGACUGUUAGAAAACCAAAUGAAACCUGGCAUGAGUGUUUUUUUUAUUAGCGGUAAAGUUAGUAGUUAAUGCUUUAAUUCAACAGUAAACAGGUCUACCUAAUAAAAUGUGUGUUUACAUCUUUCUGAGCCCGAUUUGAACAAAAUUAGUUACGUUUUUGUGAGAAAAAAAAAAGGAAACAGAUUAUUCCCAUGUAGGUUGAGAUUCUCCUGAAUCUGUCUGGGAUUUAUUUGUUUCUCCAAAUAAAGAUUCUCUCUUUAUUGGUCAUUUGGAUGUUUUGAAGAAUGGAAAUCUGUUUUUUUCUCUUUUUUUUUCCUUUUUCCUUUUUGGCACUACAGCGCUCAUUUUUUGUUUUUUAAUUCUAAAUGAGGUGAAAUGUGUCGUAAACCUCCCACAGCAUGCUUGGUCAAAGGGAACCUCCUGGUUUUGUUGGGAGUUUUUCUGCCAUAGAAUGAGUGUGUAACCCUUGUACCUCAUCAAAAUGUGUUUAUUCUGUUUUUGUUGUUUUUAAUGGUUUUGUUUUUUCAUGCAAGUAACUGUAAAUAAAGGUUGUGCGACUGUUUUCAAAA